CUCCAUUUUCUUUCUUCUCUUCUCCCAUUGCCUUCUAAUUCCUCGCCGCCACCUCCACCUCCACCGCCGCCUCCGCCGCGUCGGCGCCACCAGGUAUCUAUCGGAUAUUGAUUAUUGAGUGUUGUGGGUCGAAUUAGCCAGUGAAAUAGUUACUCUGAUUUUAUUGCUUUGCCGAUCAAUCAACUCUCAUAAACAAAUGUCUACAUCUCUGGUACAAACCUUUAUGAAGUACAUCCCCAUUAGAGUAUCUAGGGUUUCGAUUAAUUCAAUUCGGAAACCAUUUUCGACAAAAGUUUCAGUUGAAGAAACCCUUAACCAAAUCCUUGCUUCUGAUGUUUCUAGAGAAGAAAUAUGUAUCGAUUAUAUCCGCAACCUCUGCUCCGCCGGAAAUCUUCUAGAAGCUUCUAGAUUACCCCAGAUUCUACGCAGUAAGCACAUUUUCAUCGGCCCUCGUGCGUACAAUUACCUUCUAGAAGAUGCCGAUAGAAACAACGACAUCGAAACGCUCUCCCGAAUUUUCAAGGAUCUUCUCGUUUCUUACGGUUCUAUAGAAUCGAAUUCGUAUCUUAUCUUCGCUCGAGCUUUCGGAAAGCGCACCGACCCUUCCGCAUUACUGAAUUUCGUUAGAGAAGUUUGCGAAAUGGAAUCGAGGGUAGUAAUUUUGAACAGACUUAUAUUCGCUUUGGGGAAAUGUGGAUACGUUCACCACGCAUUGAUGGUGUUCGAUAAAAUGCCGACUCUGGAUUGCGAACCGGACUUGGUCACAUACAACACCGUUUUGGCGAUUUUGGGUCGUCUCGGCAGAGUCGAUGAAAUGCUGCGUGUGUUUGAUGUUAUGAAAUCGGUCGAUCUUAUUCCGGAUAUUUUCACGUAUAAUACCGUAUUGAAUAGUCUGCGGAAAAUGGGUAGAUUGGAUUUGUGCUUGGUUCAUUUCAAGGAGAUGACUGUGAGAGGAAUUCAACCCGAUUUGUUGACUUUUAAAGAUUUGAUCGAGAGCUUAGGCAGAUCGGGAAACAUUGUUGAAGCCAUGAAAGUGUUUGAUUACAUGAAAUGUAAGGGGAUUGUUCCUUCGAUUUAUAUCUACCGAGCGCUGGUUUUCAGUUUGAAGAAGAUGGGAAAAAUGGAGUCGGCUUUAAAGUUGUCUAUGGAGAUGAAUAAACUCCCUCGAAAAUUCGUUCCGAGAGAUUUCCGAUACAAGAACGGAUAGUGCAUAAUGCUAUAAUUUGCCGAGCCUCUUUAUUCAGAAUCGAAGAGCUUCCGGUGCCGGGGGAUCGGAUUUUUGACUCAGAUUCUGCUCGAGUCCCUACCGAAUACGAAACGCC